AUGUCUCCAGCCGGCGUCCGCGUCCGCGUCCGCCAGCCCAAGCGACACUUCACGACGACCUUGGUGGCCCGCAAAGACGACUCGACCAGCUCGUCACCAACGCCGUCCACGUUAUAUACCUUCUCCGACAUCCAAUCGCUCACGGCCCAGGCCGACCCCAAGCGCAUCCUGAUCGACGUGCGCGAGCCGGCGGAAUUGCAGUCGACGGGCAAGAUCCCCGGCAGUCACAACCUGCCGGUCACGUCGGCCCCGGACGCGUUCUUCCUGCCAGCCGAAGAGUUCGAGGAGCGGUUCGGCUUCGAGAAGCCCGGCAACGACGUCGAGGCCAUCUUCUACUGCAAGGCCGGCGUGCGGAGCAGGGCCGCCGCCCGCUUGGCUUCGCAGGCCGGGUUUGCCGGCAGGAUUGGCGAGUUUCCCGGCAGCUGGAUCGAGUGGGAGAAGAAUGGCGGUCAGAUUGAACGCGAGAAGUAG